CGCGUCCUUGGAGCAAAGUCAAGUCACCUCUGGGGAAUCAUGCUGACGAAGAGCAGCUCCACCUGUCUCUUCAUCGUCAUCCUUGACUUCAUCUUCUGCCUUCCUCUGCUUGUUCAGACCUUGCAAAGAAGGUAUGUUUAUGUCUCGCUCAAAAUGAACUGGACUUCGGCCCAAAGGUACUGCAGGGAGAACCAUAUCGACCUGGCCACUUUGAGAAAUCAGGAUGACAUGAAUGCAGUACAGAGUCCAUGCGAUUAUUCGGACAACAAUCUCUGUUGGAUUGGUCUCUAUAGAGCCCAAAGUUAUCAAAAUGACUGGGAUUGGUCUGAUGGAGAUCUAAGCAGCUUUAGAAAGUGGAGUUCUAUCAACGACCAGCCUAAUAACUACCAGGGAAAAGAGGAUUGUGUUGCUAUGGGACAAACAUUUUGGUUUGAUAUAUUCUGCACUGACCAACGUGCAUUUGUGUGUUAUGAUAAUCUAAUCUUGGUGAAAGAGAACAAGACAUGGGAGGACGCUCUGGAACACUGCAGGAAUCUCGAUUCCAAUUCAAACGACCCAUCCUCAGGUCAUACCUACAAUCUUCCAGACAUGGACUUUGGAGGGAUCAACUCAGAUGCCAGAAAAGCGAUCCUGGAUGCCCAGACACCAGAGGUAUGGGUAGGUCUACGUUUCCUGGCAGGAGAGUGGCUGUGGGUGAACAGGAAGCCUCUGCUGCAACCCCAGCCUGCCUGCCCUGCACCCAGGAGGAACUGUGGGACAAUGUCACAGACCGGGGAGAUUUUGCCACACAGGGACUGUUUGGAGAGAAGGAAUUUUCUUUGCGUAGAAUUAUAAAGUACAUCUAGUUCAGAUCCUACAUAUGUAGAUACAUGUUUUAUUAGUCUAUAUUAAGCUGUCUUCUGGAUCUGUGCUUGUGGAUGUGUACUUAGAGUAGUUGUAGCAUUUGCAUUCACAAAUUUGAGGAAUUAACUAUAACUUCUAGA